AUGUAGAAUAUCAAAGAUGGCAUUAAAUGAUAGUUUGGUUCCAACCAUAUGAAAAUGUCCCCCAUAAUGUCUCUCAGAAAUUUCACAUAUGCUUCCAAUUUUUCCUUAAUACCCCCUGUAUAAAUCUUUCUCUCUCAGGAUGCACUAUCGAUCAAUCACGAAAAUCAUCACAUUUUUGGAGAAGUUUGUGCAAAUGCAGAACUGGGAACAACACCAUACAGGGCUUGUAAUGGUUAGGCUUUGGAUGAAAAAGGUAAAGAGAUUCCUCACGGAGUUACCGACAAGAGUCCCUGAUCGAAAUGUCACCGAGUUCGACAAAGAUGUUGAAGAAACAAAGAUACCAAAGGAUGUGAAAGAAGGGCAUUUUGCAGUGAUUGCAGUCAAUGGUGGGAAAUCAAAGAGGUUUAUCUUGGAGCUGAGUUAUCUGAGGAAUCCAGCGUUUUUGAUGUUAUUAGAGCAAGCUAAAGAAGAAUAUGGAUUCCAGCAAAUGGGAGCUUUAACACUCCCUUGUCACCCUGAAGAGUUGCAGAAGAUCUUAGAAGACUAAAUAAAAAGAACUACUACUAGCCUCUAGGUGGAGUUUGAUUAUACUGUUUUCUGACAGGCUGUUUAAAGCUAAUGUUAUUUCUUUUCUCCUUUGAUCUCGUGCUAAUUUAAAAGAAAAAAUGGUCCUAACAA